AUGACAGAUCCACAGUUAACCGAAACUUCUUCAGAUGUCGAUAAAACCAAUAAAUCAAAAUACGAUAAAACAAAAAUAUUGCUUUAUAUUGCAAUGGGUUUCUCAGCUUGGGGUGAUCGUAUGUGGAAUUUUUCUGUUGGUAUUUAUUUUAUUUCUCUCAAUCCAACUAAUCUUUUGAGUGUAGCUCUUAAUGGUAUUGCACUUAAUUUAGCUGUUAUUUUAUUUGCUACAGCUAUUGGUGAUUGGAUUGAUCGUAAUCCUCGUUUAUCAACACUACGAAAAUCUUUAUAUUUUCAAAAUUUAUCUGUUGCUGUUAUGGCUGUAUUAGUUGUUAUUGCUUUAUAUUAUCAAUCUUCUCUUCCACAAUAUUGGAUGAUUAUAAUUCAAGGUUUUUUAAUUGGAAUUGGUAUGAUAGCAACAUUAUCUAGUGUAGCAUGUAAAGUAUCAAUAUCAAAAGAUUGGGUUGUCGCAUUAUAUGGUUCUAAUCGACAAAAUUUAGCUAACACUAAUGCAACGCUUCGUCGAAUCGAUCUUAUUAGUAAUGUAUUAGCACCGAUUUUAACAGGUGCUAUUAUGGCAUUUACAUCACGAUGGCUUAGUGCUGUAUUAAUCGCUGGUUGGAAUGUCGUUUCACUUGGUUUCGAACUUUUCCUAUAUACAAGAGUUUAUCAUUUAGCUGAAGAUGUAUUAGCUAAUAAAGUAUCGGUUAAUAAAUCUAAUGAAGAAUUAACUGAAAAGAAAAAAGGACCAUUAAGACAGUUCUUUACAUCCUUACAAGGUUUAGAAACAUAUGCAUCUUUAUCAGUAUUUUUACCUGGACUUUCACUUGCAUUACUGUAUAUGACUGUUUUAAGUUUUGAUUCUGUUACACGAGCUUAUGUUAUUGAACAAGGUUUAUCAGAAGCUUUUUUAGGUUUAUUAAAUGGUUUAGGAUCAAUUCUUGGUAUUAUUGGUACUAUUGCUUAUCCAUUUUUUGUUAAAUGUACAGGUCUUGUACGUACAGGUAUUAUUGGUUUUUGGUCAGAAUUUUCAAUGAUAAUUCUUUGUUUAAUAUCAUUAUUUGUUUAUGGAACAUCAUUUGGUCCAUUUCAACAUUUAACAAUUGGUUCAUGUCAAUAUUAUGAAAUAUUAACUAAAAAUAAUAGUACAACAACUUUAAUACCAUAUCAAUGUUCAAAUUCGAAAUUAUCUGUACUUUUACUUGUUAUUGGUAUAACUCUGAAUAGAUUUGGUUUAUGGAUUGCUGAUUUAACCGUUAAUCAAUUACAACAAGAACGUGUACCAGAAAAAAUUCGUGGUCGUAUUGGUGGUACGCAACAUUCACUUAAUCAAUUUUUUGAUUUACUUCGUUAUGUACUUAUUAUUUUUUUACCUCGAAUGCAACAAUUUGGUUAUCAUGUUUGUUUAUCUGUUUUAUCUGUAUUUACGGCAUCACUCAUUUAUACAAUAUGGUCAUGUUCAUCGGCGUCUCAUCUUGUUCCACCAGCUGCUGAUAUUGAAAUGACUGAAACAAAUGUUGAUUUAGCACAACAUUAUGAAGUUCAACUUGGUGAAAAACUAGACUAUGUCGAUGAAGACGAUAAUAAAAUCUAA